AUGUCCGUCCACCCAAGCCGGCGUCGCGGCCCUCUACCGGCCGACAUCGAGUUCGCCUGCCUCGACGGCGCGUCGAGCGGAUGGAGCGAGAUUGAGCAGCGGCGAGGAGGGAAGGGUAAGGGCAGAGAAGGAGAGGUAGAGAUCGUACCGAGCGUGCGGAUGCCGGUUAUUCAGGGACUGGACGGCGAUCACCUCACGUACGGCCCGUUCAACCCUCCUCAAAAAGCCUCGGUCCCGCUCUGGCUCGCCGUGCACCUCAAGAAGAAGCGGAAAUGCAGGAUCGUCGCCCCGCAGUGGCUGAGCGUCGCGCACCUCGAGCAAACGCUAAAGAAUGAGCAGACGCUGCCUGAGUUCUCCGACCUGCCGCGCGACUACCUCGAAGUCUCGAAGGUCCUGCUCGAAGUUGCAUCAGACGACGUACCAGCAUCAGAUCGCGUGCGCCUACUGCUGAAGGAUAUACGAGAAGCGCGGCAGGCGAAAGUGCGGGAAGGACUCGGCGCCAUCAACGCUGUCCACCUCGGCAUGCCCAACCUCUCCGCCCUCGAAAUCACCGAACUCCGCCCGUUUUUUUCCCUCUCCUUCAUGCGACUACGCGACCUCGACCUACUCGCCGAGCAACACCGCGAAACCGAAGAAUGGUGGAUGCGUGACCCGGCGGGCUGUAUGGAGGCUGCGCGGCAAGGGAUGUUUGGGAGGCAGGGGAGGGAAGGGACGGAGGUUGACGCGUUUGGCGGGUACGGCGGGUUCUAG